AUGAGGAGUAUAACAAAACAGUUGUUGACAGGAGUAUCGGGAAACAGUCGAUCUGUUGGACCGGAGUGCAUUCUGUUGCCCACGGCCUACGGCCUUGGGCAACAGCUUGCACUCCGGUCCAACGGAUUGACUGAUGAUUUGGAAGCUUUGAGACUUGCAGCAUUAGCUUCUUUGAAAAGGAAGAAGGAUGUUUCCACAGACAGCCAAACAAAGCAGGAGUCUCAGUCACUACCACCAUCUAGUCAAGUAACCUCACAAAGUACAAGUUACUCAGCAUACCAGCACCUUAAUCAACCUUUGCCAGCCCAACCCCAGCCUAACCAGUUCUACCAGGGUACAGUGAGAGGGAGGGGAAGCAAUAGACGUCCAUUUAGGGGAGGAAAAGGUAGAGGAGGUAGUUGGAACAAUGCACAGUCUGGAUCAAGAUCUUGUUUGAUAGUCUUGACUCAGGAAGAACCAAAAAAGGAGGAGAUUAGGGCAGGGUUACCUGAAAAUACAGGGUCUCUUGAUUCAAGUCAGCCAACCAAGCCUAAGCUGUUGCUGCCACAAGAUAAAUGGGCAUCCUUAGGACUUUCUGAUGAAAAUAGUCAAUCCUCUAUUUCAAGCCGGCCAAAAGAUAAGUUUUCAAGAUAUGAUGACACAGACACAGACUCAGAUGAAGGAUCUGAGGCCCAGGAUUCAACUGACGAGGAAGAAAAAGACAAUCACAGUGACAAAGAAAAUCAGAAAAGUCUCUCAAAUGUGGAGGAGACAGAAAAUAGCCCUGAAAACGGACAUAAUGAUUCGAGGUCAUCUUCUCCAGACAAUACAAGAAGACGACGUGAAUCUGACUCUUCAGGGAGAAGGCAUUCAGAGUCACCUAAAACAACUAAGAAUCAAACAGAGGAAAGUUCCGUGAGUUCACCUGAGAGAUCUACCAGCAGCACUUCUUCAAGAUCAAACUCACAGGCCAGUAGACAUUCACGAGAAAGUUCUCCUUCAGAAUCAAGACCAAGUUCUCGUGCUAGUAGGUGUUCCAAAAGUAGUUCACAGUCUGCUUCAAGACCAAGUUCGCCAGUUAGAAGACAUUCUAGAGACAGUUCACAUUCAGGUUCAGUAUCAAGAUCUGCCCAGAUAAGAUCUCAUACUAGCUCGAGAGGAUCUCGUAAAAGUGCCUCUUUAUCACCAUUUCAAAGACAAAAGAAUGUGACCUCAUCAUCACAAGUGUCAGGAGAUUUCAAAAGUGCAGAUAGAAGCUUAGAAAGACAGGGAGACUCGAGAACUUUAUCUCACAAAUCUACUUCUCCAUCUUAUUCUCCAUCAAGAAAGAGAUCAUGGUCACCAAAACUAUACACAGCAAGAUCAAGAUCAAAGUCAAGAAGUCACUCCAGAGGACAUUCCCCAAGAAAACUACCUAGAAGCAGAAGUAGGUCAUACUCUCCCAGAAGAAGAACAAGUGAUAGGUCACCCUCUCCAUAUGUUAAGAGACGAAAGUCAUUUUCAAGAAGUCGAUCACGUUCCCCCUACAAAAGACCAUUAUCUCCAUUUCAAAGAUAUUUAAGUAGAUCAAGGUCAAGGACACCAAAGGGUGCUUACAGACGAAGUAGAAGUCCGUCACCAAGGAGAAGCAGGGACAGAUCCUUUUCUCCUAGAAGUUACUCUCCAAGACUUCGUAGGCAGAACAGAUCUCUCUCACCUGGGCGAGGAAGUAGGUCUCCAUCUCUGUCUAGACAAAGGAAUAGAUCUCCUUUGGUGCGAAAGAGAGGAAGAUCUAGAAGUAGAACAAGAAGUUCAUCUUUGUCUCCUGCAAGAAGAGAAAGACGACCAUUAAAAAGGACCAGAAGUCGAUCAAGGUCAUUUUCACCUAGUAGACGAGGAAAACCUUUUAGAAGGUCUAGAAGUAGGUCAUUUUCACCAAGACGAUCUCAGUAUUCACCUUUUAAGUCAAGAUCACCACUAAGAAGGCUCCCAUCUCCUAGGAGAAGGUCAAGAUCACCAUUACCAAUGACUGAGAGAAAUUUUUAUCGCAGAUCUCCUUCUCCUUACUACAGACGAUCUGUGUCACCCCAUAGAAAAAGAGACAGGUCACUAUCACCUGCAAGGAGAAACAACUGGUCUCCACGUUCUAGCAGGAAUAGGUCUUUAACUCCCAAAAAGGAGAUGCGUCAUUCUCCUGCCAGUUAUUCUUCAUCUCCAUGGAAAAAGGAGCCUAGGUGGAAAGAAUCUGGUCAGAAUGAAAAAUCAAAGUCAAGCAUCGUUGAUAAAAUGCUAGAGAUAGCUGGACAGCCUCAAAGAGGAAAAAUUGACAUGAAAGAUUUGUAUAAAGAUUCAAAAAGAGAUGAUAGAAGAGGAGAAGAUAAGAAGUAUGUAAAAGAAAAAGACCAGAGGAAGCCAGUUCAUGAAAGAAUCAGUGUUACUAAAAGUAUUAGUGAUAGGAGUAUUAAUGAUCAGAGCAAGCAAGUUAGUGAAAGAGUAAGUGUUAGUAAAAGUGUCAGUGAAAGAAGUAUUAAUGACAGGGAAGUUGUUGGGAAGAGCAUAAGUGAAGGAGCAUAUGUUAGUAAAACUGCUACAAAAAUUUCAGACCCAAAGGACAUGGAGUUGUUUGAGGCCAGGAAAAGAAAAUUUGAAACAUCAUCAGAGGUUAGUGUUGCAAAGAAAACAAUAUCUUUAAAAGGUAUUUUGCCAAAGAAAAAAGACAAAAACAAGAGAGGAAAAGGGGAAGAAAAUGGAUCUAAAAGGACUAAAUCAUCUGAUUCAAAGGAGGAAAAAAGCUCCAAGGAUCAUAAUAAUGAGAGAAGUGCAAAGAAGAUGGGAAGUGAGCCUAGUAGAAGUGCAAAAAUUACAGUUGAUAAACGGAAAAGUAGAGAAUCUAUGAAGUCUAUCAAGACAAGUGAUGAUGAGGAUUCAGAUGAAAGCAUAAGAAGACAUGCAAUGAUAGAUGACUCUGAAAGUGAAUCAGAUGAGGAAAUAUGGAGGAGCAAAAAGUCAGCUAAUUCUGAGAGAAAUCAAGAUGAUAUAGACCGUGAGCGGCGGAAAAGACUAUUGGCAGCUCGAGAGAAAGAGAGGGAAGAAUACAGGGCACAGAGAGAGGAAAGAAGGAAAAAAGAGGAAGAGGAAAGAAGGAAAAAAGAGGAAGAGGAGAGGAGGAAAAAAGAGGAAGAGAGAAAAAAGGAAAAAAUGAAGUGGAAAAAGACAGGAGAAGAAAGAGAAGAGGAGGAAAAAAUACGGAGAAGGGAAAGACCACAAGAAAGUGCAAUGGUGAAAACAGAUUCUAAAGUGAAGGAGCAUAGGCAAAAAAAAUUUACAGAAUUAAAAGGUAGUGAUGAUGAGGGAGAUGAUGUUGUGUAUAAAUCGAGACUAAAAACAAGUGUUGUUUUACCCAGCAGAAAAGCUGAUGUUUCUAAAGGCCAAAUGUCUUCAAGAACAAUUGUAACACGAGACGAUGAGGAAACAGUUGAUGUCACAAAAAUCAGUCUGUCGAAGACUGAUGCUAGGCAUUUAAUUCGAUCUGUCAACAGAGGAAAUAAAGAGGAUGACAACAACAUGGAAGAAGAUGAAAAUGAGGAAGGCAUGAAAUCAUCAUCCAGGACUGAAGGCAAAGCAAGUCCAGUAGUGAUAUUCCAGUACGACACAGUCAAAGACAAAGCUAGUCUCUCUGAAGAAGGUUCUUCAAGGCGGUCAGUUCAUGCUCGGCUUGGUCUUCCAGUUGACAUUAAAAAAGUCAAAAAGAGCAAAAGAACAGUGCGGGAGGUGUCUCCUGAACUACAGAGGAAGACAUCUACACACAAGAGAGCAGUUCGGGAGGUAUCUCCUGAACUGCAGAGAAAGACAUCUACACACAAAAGAGCAGCCUUUAUAAGUACCAAAGAGGAUGCUUCAGCUGGAAGUGGUGACUUGGAUGCUAGAAUCAAACUCAUCAAAAGGAGGAAUGCAGAGAUUGAGAGAAGAGAGAGAGAAAUAAAAAAGGACAAAGAGAUUUAUGGUUAACAUACCUUGGUAUUGAAGUUUAAUAGCUAUUGUUUGACAAUGUAAAUUAGAAUUUUGGAAAAGACAUUGUAAAAGAACAUGGUGUUGACAUUUAAUACACUAAGUGUAUAUAAAAUGAAUUUGUAGAGAAUGAGUGAUUGGAGCUUGAUUAUGUUAAGUGAGUAACUGCGAUAAUGCAAAAGAUUUUUGUAUUGUACGUGUAUAUGAAUAAUGAUAUUUAAACAUGUUAAAGAUUGUCUCUUUUAAAAUUCCUGUUCUAAAAGAGUAAAUAAAUGUAACAGUGGUCUUGAA